ACCAACGUGAAAUCAUUGGACAUUUGAAUAUGCGAUCCCGAUGUUUCAUCUGCUUUACCCACAAGGAUGCGAGAGCGAAGGCGGUAAAGGAUUGGCGCUGGGGCAUGCUCUGGUGUACCGAAUGUUUGAAGCAAUACACGAUAAGUAAGUUGACCCAAAGGAGAGUAAAGCCCCCGUUCGCACCGAAAAUAAGGCUGACUCUGCUUCGACACUGAAGCACUUGCCGCCCUCCGGUCCAUAGUAGGAGAGCUUCCGCUAUUGCUUAGCCUAAUGAAUAAGCCGUAUUACCGAAACAACUCGACGCGGCCGAACGCGAUAUUCUUUCGUCCAGAAAUCGACUGCAUUCUCAAGGGCAUGACAGGGUAUGACGCCACUACCAACAUUCUUCUCGAAAAGAAGGAGCAGUUUUUCUUGACCAAUAUGCGGCUAGAACACUCUGAACUUGAGAGUCGUCGUCGCCUGGUUCGCCUCGAGAUUGUUUAUGUGGCCGAGAGAUUGUGGGAAGGGGACGACCCGUAUCCUGAGGUCCGACCGGAUCCGGUGACGGGAGAAAUGGUCCUCUAUCGUGACCCCAAAGUACCCCAACCUGGUGUUUUUCGAAUUUAUCGCGAACGCUUCGCACCGACUGAUAAGCUCAGGCAUUUCCUAUUCCCAUGCUCCGCAUUAGCGCACGAGCCUUCAAAGCUGCCCUAUUCCGCCGCACGUGGUUGGCUGUUCGACCCAACCCUGAGGCUCCGCAGCACUGAGGACUUUGCGAAGCUAGGAAAGCAUUGGUACAUAAACACCGCAUUGUUCAUGUUGAACAGACUGAUCGAUUUUCGCCAUGAAUGUUAUUACAUGAAAGGACGUGGCGGUUUCGUGACCGGCUGGGUCGAGGCUGCCAAAGAUUGGCACCUAAAACGUCUCGAAAACGAACUAGUUUCUGGUGCGACAUUCAGACUUGAGAAGUUGAGCAAUGGUCAGAGGGAACACAAACUUCACUAUAACCUUUUCAAAGUUAUGGACAGGCUCGGCCUUGAACCCAACGACCAGUGCAGAGUCCCCGCCGUGCCUCGACGGCCUGAGUUUUCAGAUAAUCUCAGUGAUGAGGAUUUCCUCCAGCUCGAUGAAGCAGCCCUUGUGGCACAAGGCAAGCGGGCACUACAGAUCAAACAGUUUGAAAAGGUUAUCAGGUACAGCUGUACUCGAUGUCCUGAAACUGGCGGAUUGUAUUAUCCAAUCGGCUUCGAAGGCCUGAUCGAGCACAUGAGAAUCGGCCAUGCCACACUCUUCUGGGAGGGCUGCUUCCAUUCUGUUGGUUAAAUGCCUGAACCUGCGGCAAAUAUCCUCUUUUGGCCGCCACCAACGGAAGAAGGACUCUGAUUCCUUGUUUAUUCCCAACCUGUCAGUUGCUGUCAACACCAUCGUUGUCCUUUCGCCGGAAUUGGACAACUAGAAUCGUCUCAAGUUCAGGCAGAUGAACCUAUUUGCGAAGAUUAGUCAGAUGCAAUG